CUAUUAUCAUUAAAGUAAAGCGGGUCAAAAUCAAAUAGGGAAGUUCGGGAUCGGGUUUCGAUUCAACUUCACCUGAUUCAGCCUCGACCUUGAUUUUCCACUUUCUCAGCAAUUCUAUCAUCUCAUCUGCUUCCUCGGACUGUCUCCUCUGCUCUCCUUUUCUCAUCCGCAAUUUCGAAGACCUGAGUAAACCCUAGAGAUGGACAUCCUCGAGAAAGAGCUCGCGAGGAAACGACAAACCCUAGCUCAACAAACCGGCGGGAAGCGGUUCUUCAAGCGCUCCGAAAUCGAGAAGAAGGAAAUCCAAAAGCUUCGGGAACAGGAAAAGCGCGAGCUCGAAGCUAAAGCUCUGCGCAAAUCCGCCAACUCCGAUUCGCAGGACGGAGACGCCCCUAAAUCUACCAACUCCUCCUCCGCCGCGGCCGCAAGCGCCGCCGCCGCCUCCACAUCGGCCUCCUCGGGCUCCAAAUCCCUAACCAACGAGCAAAACAUUGAAAAUCUCGACCUUCCUCGGCAUGAAGUCGUCCGCCGCCUCCGGUUCUUGAAGCAGCCGAUAACGCUCUUCGGUGAAGAUGACGACGCCCGACUGGAUCGGUUGAAGUACGUUCUGAAAGCAGGGCUGUUCGAGGUUGACAGCGACAUGACAGAAGGGCAGACUAAUGACUUCUUGCGCGACAUCGCCGAGCUGAAGAAGCGGCAGAAAAGCGGGAUGCCGAGCGAGAGGAAGCGAAAGGACAGGGAGGAAGGGGCUGGCGAGGACGGAGAUGGAGGCAAAGGAGAAGGUGAGUUGAGUGCUGAUGGCGGAUCGAGUGGGCUCGACACUGAAAAGGAUUUGAAGCGAAUGAAAGCCAAUUUCGAGGAAUUGUGCGAUGAGGACAAGAUUUUGGUGUUCUUCAAGAGGCUGUUGAACGAGUGGCACCAGGAGUUGGAUGAGAUGCCGGAUUCAGAGAAGCGUACUGCAAAGGGGAAGUCAAUGGUGGCCACGUUUAAGCAAUGCGCUAGGUACUUGGGUCCGUUGUUCAAGUUCUGCAGGAAGAAGGUUCUUCAAGAUGAUAUUCGGCAAGCAUUGAUGAUAAUGGUAAACUACUGCAGGGAGCGGGACUACCUUGCUGCCAUGGAUCACUACAUCAAGCUGGCAAUAGGGAAUGCGCCCUGGCCAAUAGGUGUUACUAUGGUUGGUAUCCACGAGCGUUCAGCUCGCGAGAAGAUUUACACCAACAGUGUGGCCCAUAUCAUGAACGACGAGACGACCCGUAAGUAUCUGCAGUCGGUGAAGAGGUUGAUGACAUUCUGCCAACGCCGCUAUCCUACUGCACCAUCCAAGGCCGUGGAGUUCAACAGCUUGGCAAACGGCAGCGAUUUGCACUCUUUGUUGGCCGAGGAGGCUGGUUUGAGUGGGAGUGGGAGUCAGUCCUCAGAGGGCCGAUUAAGGCUAAUGCCUGCUCCUGCUGACAGUUGAGGUUUGGAAAUGUGCAUUGUAUCAUAAUCUUUGACAUUGUUUGCUUUUAUGGUACUGUCGUAGUUUGAUAUCUGACAUUACUGCCUCUUGGGGACAAAGUUAUUUCCUGCGCAUUGGUGGCUUCUCUAGGGAAUUCACAAAGCCCCCUUUUAUUAGUUUCUUGGGAAGUUAUAAUUUCAUCCAUGGAUUGGAAUUGUAUUUGCCUUUAGCUUUUCCAGCUAUCAAUUUGUUUUUGACAAUUUACCUGCUUGAUCUAGUAAUCCUGGAUCCAACAAAUCGCUAUA